GGCUUUUAAAAAAAGUCGACCUUUUUAUAAAGUCAAACUAUUAUUAAGUUUGACUUUAGGAUAUGGUCAAUCUCUUAGUAAGAUCAAACUCUUGGUAGGGUCAGCCUCUUAAUAAGCUCCAUCCCAUAAUAAGGUCGAGAUCGACCUCUGACCAAGCAUGUUGCAAUGAAGCAAUCAAUGCAUGCAUGUCAUCACCGGCAAGGCAAAUGAUUGCACCUUUGAUCAUGUCAUCAACCUGGGCAAUGUCUGGUCGAAGUUUUCGAAAAGCCUUGUAUUCCGCCUAUUUCCUACAACUUGCUAGUCGUAUGAUAACAGGCUUGCAAUCACCAGUUGACUUCAACUUACUCCAGCCCCUUGCCAGUAACCUAAGCUUCCGCCUCCAACCGUCCGGCUUGCUAAGCUGCCUCCUAUGAACUCUGAUUACCCCCGAAGAAGCGCCUGUGACCGCUGUCGAGGCCAGAAGCUUCGCUGUGUGAGGCCCCCUCAAAGCCAGCGCCCAAGCGAAGGCAGCCUGGAAAGUUUACAAGCUUGCGAGCGGUGUAUCAAAGCCGGCGCCGACUGCGUUCAUACCGUACGCUCUCGCCGGCUCUUCUUGGAAUCAGAUGGCCACGGGAAGCGUCCCAGCUCUGGCGGCUCAGAUUCACCUACUGUUGUCCAUCGUCGGCGGCCCACCAAUGAUCAUCACUCAUCCACGGCGAGUGAUCAAGUAUUCCGACACCAGAGCUCUCAAACACCUCAUUUUGUCCCCAAUGUACCACAGCGACGAAGCAUCUCUCAGAUCCAAAACGGGGGUUCAUCUCAAAGCCAGGUCAACUCGAAGCCUACCUCGGAGGAAGAGUUUGACUUCCAAGACACAUUCCAACACCAACAGGCCUUCCAUACGGCGACGAGUGCUGCUGCAUCGUCUGCUACAUUCCCUGCACCGAUUCUCAGAGAGAGGACCCCGAGCUCCGCCCAUACAAUCUCCUUCGAGUUAGGUGGCUUUCACCCGGGGGUAUUAAGCUUUAAUUCAGAUCUGAGCCACGGUACAGACAGUCAGGUCAGUUUAAAUCACCUGCUUGAUGAUGCAACGGGCGACCGGGUCGGCUUGACGAACUCCACAUCGCCGAGCUGGGCCACAACAUCUCAGAUGCCAGGUAAUAAGGACGAAUGCUUGUAUCAGCUAUCCGAGCUAAGCUCAAGACUCCUAAAAUACUUUAGCAAGACAGGGGUCUCUACAGGGCUGCCAGAUAUACUGAAAGUUACUCCUGCGGAGGUGGACGGUACCGACAGACCUGAAAGGAGGAUUUCUUCCAAGAACAUGGUCGGAACACUGUUCGAGAGCUCCCAAGUGUUCCUCGAAGUUCUUGAACGCCUGAAGUCGGCGCUCUCAUCCGAAUUCAAAUCGUCUUUCUCGUCUGCCAACUCCGAAUGUUCGUAUUCAGAACAGUGGGACGACAGCGAAUUUCUCAGGAGCAUUGAAUAUACAGGGACUCAACGAACAUCUCAAAAUGGAGCACUACUGUUGGAAAAUGAUGUUGAUCCCAUCACCACAGUCCAACAACCAUCUGAGCCCCAAGAGGACCCGUCCCGUCAGCAUGCGUCUGUCGGCAUGCCCACCACCUUAACUAUCCUUACCUGCUACACCUGGCUUCUCCAGGGCUAUGAAAUGGUCUUCGGCGCCAUCCAAGACUCUCUCAUACUCCAAAGGAAAAGCCAGGGCCAAGCACUGCCACCGCCGACGCCGCUCGUCCUCCCCGACCUUCAGUUUGGCGGGUUCGGGCUAGACAGACAUCCAGAUCUCCAGAUCGAGAUACUUAUCCACGUCAGUUGCCAAAUGCUGCAGAAGAUCGAUGCCACCCUGGGAAUCAGUUCUGCCAUGCCCGAGCAAUUGCAGCCCCUGUCGUCAGAUCAGGGACACGACCUGCUUGUGAAAGAAUGGACUCCCGCCCUUCUAGGUCGUCAAGCGCUGGUUCGGAGGAGGGUAGAUAGUAUCAAACAACUUCUUGUUGAUCGCAGCUAAUUAUAGAGUAAAGCAAAUUAAAAUAGUACCAUCAUGUCAGCAGUUUUAGUGCCGGUGAAAAAGGAAUGUAGACCUUGAAUGAAAGAACGAACUUAGACACGCGGAUGUGAAGACAGCCAAAAGUAAAUCUCUAAGCCCGGGCUGAGAAGCUGUAGCUGCACAUUAUCAAUGCGCUUUUCUAGUCUCAGGGAAUGCCCCCAUGAAAUCCUCGAUAUCUGGGGCCCCCCAGUUGAAAUGGAUGCCGGCAGCGCCGAAUCAGUCCAUGCGUGCCAUUAGAGCGGCGGGCUAGUCAGUUGUAUGGUUUGCCAAUCAGACGUUGGCAAACUCUGGCUUAUCAACGUUGUGUGCGCAAGGAUCAUUGUUUAGAUAGUACACCGUCCAAUUGUUGUCAAGAAAUCUGAGUUGUCGUUCGGGAAUAUCUUCUGGUAGAGAGAUAAGGCU